CUGAAGCACUUGAGAGAGAGUUGCACUCUAAAGAUGAUGCUUCAAUCUCGUUACCUGGAAGACAAAGUGGUGACAAGGAAUGGCGCAUGUCAAGAUCAGAAUUUGGUUCUGACGAGAUUUGCUUUCCAAGUUCUUCUUGUUGUCCAGCCCGUAAAUGCAUUGAUGAGCAUGUGACAAAGAUCUACAAUGCAUUUUGUCCAAUCAUUUCUCAGUUUGUCGAGAAAUCUUGUUCUAAAUCUAGAGCUGUUGAAGUCCUACUGUUUUUUAAACAAAUGUUAAUCAAUCUCAAGAAUUCCCCUUUUAGAACGAGGAGAACUUCUAUAAACCCUGUUUCAAAUGGUGCACAGCAUCUUUUCCUUCAGAUGCUGCCUUCUUUUGAUCAAUUGUUUGAUGCCCUUUCCCUGAAUAGUGAGCUAGAUGCCAGUGGAAGGGUUGACAUUUAUUUGGCUGCUGAUCCUGUUAGAACCUCCAUAGCAUUGCCUGUUUUGUUCCAUGCUCUGGAUGAUGUGAUCCAUAAUGUCAAUAUGUGCAACAACUUCAAUAAAAAUUCUCUUUCUUGGCCACUUCAAAAAUUAAACAGAAUAUACUCCGGUUUGGUCCUUGCUAGUGGGGAGGAGCUUUCUUUUGGAAUUGUCACAUCUGCAUUUGACGGAACUCGAAUGUCAAAGUGGGAAGAACCAAAUGGUGCCAGAGGUGAAGGUUGUUCGAGUCACCAAGAGGGUACGUGAAGCAUAUUUUGCUCA